UCUGUCACCGUCGAUCACCAAUUUUCUUCCUCAUAUGUGCUCUCCAUCUACUGGGUUGUUCCACAACUUGGUAACCGCACUGUAGCUUUAACAAAACCCCUCUUAGUUAGUGAGGCAUCUCUUCCUUUCGUUAGAAUUGAAAAAUGAAUCUGAGAGAGUAGCCUCCGGAUCUGAAAUGGGUUUCAUAGAUUACAUCUUGUUGACGAUGGCCACAAUCUUUCUCUUCAAAGCUUUCGAUUUCACUUUCUGGGUCUCCUUCUUAUGCUUCGUUUGAUCCCCAAUUUCGAAACCCUAAUUCUCUGCACCCCGUAAAAAACAUAAAACUUGUUACCAUGAGGAAGAAGCUCGAUACCCGAUUCCCUGCGGCUCGGAUAAAGAAGAUAAUGCAAGCAGAUGAAGAUGUUGGAAAGAUAGCACUUGCAGUUCCUGUUUUAGUCUCUAAAGCUUUGGAGCUAUUUUUGCAAGAUCUAUGUGACCGCACGUAUGAAAUAACUCUUCAGAGAGGAGCAAAGACCAUGAACUCAUUGCAUUUAAAACAUUGCGUACAAAGCUACAAUGUCUUUGAUUUUCUGAGGGAUGUUGUCAGUAGGGUUCCUGACUACGGCCAUGGCCAUGGCCAUACAGAAGCUGGAUCCGAUGAUCGGGUCAUUUAUAAAAGAAGGAAGGCUGCUACUGAUGAUUGUAACGACAGUGAUGAAGAGGCUAAGAGGAGCAAAAUGCAUGAGUUGGGCCACACUGGUAGUACUGGAAGGGGAAGGGGCCGAGGUAGAGGAAGAGGCCGUGGCCGAGGAGCUAGAACUGCAGAAAGAGAGGCAUAUCGUCCGGAACCUGAAAUUGAGCCUCGUGCUUCUAUUCCGGAGAGCAGUCAACAUAAUAGUAGCACAACUGCGGCAAUAUUUGAUGGUUCACAGUCUGAGGACUUACCAAAGGAGAAUAUCGCCGCCGUUGCUACUGAAAGCUCCGAGGCACUCCCAAAUGCUGUUCCCAGUUCUGACACAAACCAAAACCUGGACAAAAACGAUAGCACAGCAGCAGCAAUUGGUGCCUCAUUACCUGAACCUGAAAAAGAGAGCAAGCACGAGGAAAUUCCGGGCUGGUCCCUUUCUGACGUGGACAAGAUGGCCAUCGACUCAAUGCAGCUUGCGCAGCUCGGUGGUCAACUAGAAGUUGAUGAAGAAGAUUAUGAUGAGGAAGGGUAAAUAAAUAGUAACUACUAUUUAGCAUUCGGUUGUUUAGAUUAGCGAAAAAACUCAUGAUAGCUGUAGAAUAAGCACACUAGCCAUCAAGAACAUGCAUCAUGUUACUGAUGGCUGAGAAAAAUUUAUAAAUGUCGCUUAUUAUAUGGUUUGUUUAUGCUAUCACAUGUUCUUAUGUAUCUCAAUGUAUCAUUUGUGUACUAGUAAUCAAGCUUUGUUGUGCACUUUUAGGCAUAUACAAUGUGUAUCAUAAAAUCCAUUUGGAGUGAAUUCUACUCAUCCAAAUGUUGAUGUA